GUGCGUGAACCGCAUCAUGAAAGCGUCAGUCUUUCGCAAAGUCAUUCAUUGUUGCUAGUCCGUGUCACGCCCCUGUAAAACCGGAUCUCACCGUGUGCGAAAGUUGAUCGUGCAGAUUAUCUGGUGAUUGUCAGUGCGUAGCACGCCGGAUCAUGCCGGAUGUAGCUGCUGGUCGCUUAGCAACCAGUCACCUGCGCUAGACGUAAUAACAACCAAACAGUGAACUUUGAUGCCGCGGCUCGUUUGAAGUGUUUGUGUGCUAGAAAGAGGAUUGUGAAAAAAUGAAGCUACCCGAAAGCAACUGUACACCCCCCGAUGACGAUCGAUGGUUAGCACCCGACACGGCCGCCACACCGUUCGCGGAUCGUCUUUACAGACCAAACGACGAUACGUCGGAUACGAGUCCACCGAAGCCAUGCGAAAAGUUAGAAGACAAAUGCGCCAACGAGCAAGACGGAAAACUGUUCAACGAAAAACCUCUUUCUAAUGAUGCUGCCGCUGCUGCUGCGAGUCUCCUUACGGAAGUUGUUUCCGCGUCAACUACGAGAGGUGUAUUCCACCAGCUACUACUUACAUCCGCAGUGCUGCUGCUGGUGACGGCGUGCGGUAUGCCGAUAGGGUACUCGGCAAUCUUACUACCUCAACUGUACGAUGCGAACGAAUCUCUGGCCAUCGACAUUGAGAUGGGCUCGUGGAUCGCAAGCGUCCACAGCUUGGCAACUCCUAUUGGAUCAUUCGCUUCCGGUCCCAUCAUGGAUCAGUGGGGACGUCGACCAGCAAUCCUGUUGGCCAUUGUGCCGCUCUUCGCUGGAUGGGUUCUGUUGGCUACAGCUUCCUCCCAUUUGCUGCUGCUACUUGGUCGAGUAGUGGCCGGAAUCUCGGUCGGAUUGAUCGCCGCACCGGUACAGGUACUGUUGGCGGAAAUAGCUGAGCCUCGGCUUCGGGGACUCCUCAUAGGAGCUCCAUUUGUUUCGUAUUCGUUGGGAAUUUUGCUCGUAUACGCGCUGGGAAGUCAGCUACACUGGCGAGCAGUGGCUUGGGCUGCCACCGUGCUGCCUCUGCUGUCAUUUUUCGCACUAUACUUCGCACCAGAGUCUCCAACGUGGCUGGCACGCAACAACCAACCGGAGCGUGCUGCGAAAGCCCUUAACUGGCUGCGCGGAUCUCCUGUGGUGGCGAAAACGGAACUACAGAAGCUAACGGAUCGAUUCGAACAGGAACAACAACAAGAGCAAGGGGGCGGAGGGCAACGGUUCUGGCGUUCGCUGAUGGAGAUAUCGAUGAUCAAACCGCUCGUCAUCAUAAACGGUUUCCACGUGCUACAAAUCCUGUCCGGCACGUACUUGGUGGUAUUCUAUGCCGUCGACAUCAUUUCCGAUCUGGGCGGUAGUGACAUCAACACCAUACAGGCCGCCGUUCUCACGGCGAUCGUACGACUUGCCUUCACCGUCCUCUACUGCUUCCUUCUGCUUCUGAUGCCGCGCCGAACGAUGGUGCUCCUGAGUGGACUCGGAUCGAGCAUUAGUUGCGUUGCGAUUGCGAUCUUUAUGUAUACCCGAAGUGGAGACGCUAACAGCUCCGCUCCGCCGUAUGAGACGUACAUAGCCGCAGCACUGAUCCUUCUGUACAUCGGCUCCAACACGGGUUUUCUGACCAUGCCGGGCAUUAUGAUCGGUGAACUGUUGCCGGCGAAGAUCCGUGGUCAAAUCGCGGGGUACCUGUUUACGGUGUUCAAUCUCGUACUAUUCGGCGUCGCGAAAGGCUUCCCGCAUGCUAAGGCAGAACUCGGGACGCAAGGGCUGUUCGUGAUGUUUGGCGUGGCGUCAUUCGGUGCCACGCUGUUGACGUACUUGCUACUGCCAGAAACGAAGGGUCGUACACUACACGACAUCGAGGACUACUUUGGCCAGCGGAACUGGUUGUGGAUGAACCGCAAACGUACGGGAAAGGAAGAUACUCGCGAAGAGGGCCAACCACUAAACACGAUAGUUCCCGUAUAACUCCCAGAAUAAUUUGAGCGUCACACAAAGCACUUAAGAAUGUCCACUUUUCAGGGCAAAGUGAAGGAAACAGACAAAAUAUUUGUGAUAUUUUACUCUGCUUGUAGAUGUAUCUUAAAGGUUAGGUUAUAAGUUAAAUAUUCCUACAAAAACGUUACCCUCUCUUGCUGUUGAACGGAAGUACGGGCCUAGCACUUUGCACCGUUCUGUGGUCAACGUCUCGUGGUAUGUUGUACGCACGCCAAUGAUAAAUAUAUGAACCGAGUUUUAAACCGGUUUCAUACC